AUGGAGUUCUGCGCGCAGCAGCGUUUCAAUCCGCCGCCUCCGAACACCGAACAACCGCCGGCGAGCGCGGCUUGGCCUGCUCGCUCCGGCCGCCCCGCCACCGCUGGUCGCUUCGGCCGGUCUUCACGCCCAAGCCAGGCGCUGCAGGUCGCCGCCACCACGAACGCUCGUCCCUCUGAAGUCGUCUGCACCAAGAACACCAUCAUCCAGGACACGAAAUUACCAAGGUUAUAUCGUCGCAUUCUCCUGCAGGUCACCCAACUGGGAAUUCAACAGGUGUACAUGUACGGAUCUUACUUUGAUCUCUUUGGUGCCAACUAUAGGGAAGGUAAAUUUUUCGAGUUGGAGAUGACGGUCCGCGACUGCGAGCUCGACGAGUACGGGGUUGUCAACAAUGCCGUGUAUGCUGCUUACAUCGAAACAGCUCGGCAGGAGAUGAUUGCAAGUCUCGGCGUGUGCACGGGCUCGAUCGCGCGCGCAGGCCGCGCCAUGGCGCUCUCCGAGCUCAACGUCAAGUACUUCGCGCCUCUAAAGCGCGGCGCCAAGUUCGUGGUCAUGGUGAGGGUUGUCGGGAUCAGGGGUGUGCGGAUGCUCAUGGAGCACCUGAUCGCGACGCUGCCGGAGCGUAAGCUCGUGCUAGAAGCGAUGGCCACCGUCGUCUGCCUCAACGAAGACUACCGUCCGACUCGCAUGUUCCCGGAGAUGGCGAAUCUGCUGCACUUCUUCUCUCAUCCUAACUAG